AUGUCUGCUAUCAGACAUCGACCUCUGGCAAAUGGUCCGAACGAGAGCGACGACAACUUUUCCGAUGACGAGAGCACGCCCUUGACGCAUGACAUCUAUGGAGGAAGCCAGCGGACCGUUCAGGAAACGAAAGGAUGGGACGUCUUCCGGGAUCCUCCAAUCAAGGAGGAUACGGGCUCGAUGGCGGACCAGGCUUGCCUCGAUCUGACGAUCAAGAUCCUGAAGAUAUUUGCCUACCUCAUCACGUUCGUCAUCGUGCUGCUGGGCGGUGUGGUGGCGAAGGGAUGCGUGCUGUUCAUGUCGUCGCAGUUGCGUCGCGAUCGGAAGAUCACCUACUGCAAUCGUGACCUGGCGCGGGAUAAAUCGUUUAUCGUGUCCCUACCGGAAGAGGAACGGAUAGCGUGGAUGUGGGCGUUGAUGAUAGCGUUUGCCGUCCCCGAGAUCGGCACGUUCAUCCGGUCGACGCGUAUCUGCUUCUUCAAAUCGAUGAAGAAACCGCUCAAGUCACACUUUCUGCUCGUCUUUCUGAUGGAAUCGUUCCACACGAUCGGGCUGGUGUUGCUGUUUUUCGUAGUACUGCCGGAGGUGGACUCGGUGAAGGGAGCCAUGUUGACCAACUGUCUGUGCGUCAUACCGGGUAUGCUGGGUCUGUUUUCGCGCACCAACAAAGAAGGCAAACGGGCGGUGAAAACGAUUGUCGAUCUCGCCGCAAUUGCCGCCCAAAUCACCGGAUUUGUCGUGUGGCCGCUGCUGGAAAAUCGUCCUGUUCUUUGGUUGAUUCCGAUUUCCGCACUGCUAACGUCCUGCGGCUGGUGGGAAAACUACGUGUCGCCGCAGAGCCCAUUCUCGUUCGUACGGUCGCUUGGCCGCGUCAAGGAAGACCUGAAGCAAACGCGUUACUUCACCUACAUGUUCCUGUCGGUGUGGAAGAUACUGCUGCUGUUCUGCUUCGUGCUGGUAAUACUGUUCGUGCGUGGAGAUGAGGUGGCAAACCUGUUCGCGCUGUUCGGCGCCGGAUACGGUCCGCACAAGAUCGUGGUGGAGGAGGUAGCGCUACCGUUUAGUUCCGCGUUGCCCGAUCUGGUCGAAGCUGCCCAAGCGGUGGACACGAUCGACAUUGAUGCCGCCUACAACACGGUAACGUACGUGCUUAUCAUCCAGAUACUGGCCGCGUACUUGUGCUACAUUUUCGGAAAGUUCGCGUGUAAGAUCCUGAUCCAAGGCUUCAGUUACGCUUUCCCGGUGAAUCUAACCGUACCGGUGGCGAUUUCGUUGCUGAUCGCCGCUUGUGGCAUCCGCAACGAUGAUCCGUGCUUUUUCCACGGCACCAUUCCGGACUAUCUGUUCUUCGAAAGUCCACCGGUGUUUCGGCUGAACGAUUUCGCCUCACGGCAGAUGGCGUGGGCCUGGUUGCUGUGGCUGCUUUCGCAAACCUGGAUCACGCUGCACAUUUGGACGCCGAAGUGCGAACGUUUGGCCAACACGGAGAAGCUGUUCGUGACGCCGAUGUACAACGCACUGCUGAUCGAUCAAUCGAUGGCGAUGAACCGUCGGCGCGACGAUCAGGCCGACGUGAAAACGGAGGAUUUGGCGGAAAUCGAGAAAGAGAAGGGUGAUGAGUACUACGAAACUAUCUCGGUGCAUACGGACGGUUCUGCCUUACCACGGCCCAGCGUGAAGUCGUCGGAUCACAUCACGCGUAUCUACGCAUGUGCAACGCUUUGGCACGAAACGAAGGAAGAGAUGAUGGUGUUCCUGAAGUCUAUCAUGCGAAUGGAUGAGGAUCAGUGCGCACGGCGCGUUGCCCAAAAGUAUCUGCGCAUCGUCGAUCCCGACUAUUACGAGUUCGAAACGCACAUAUUCUUCGAUGACGCGUUCGAAAUCUCCGACCACAGCGACGACGAUAUCCAGUGCAAUCGGUUUGUGAAGAUUCUGGUGGACACCAUUGACGAAGCGGCCUCCGAGGUGCAUCAGACAAACAUUCGGUUGCGACCACCGAAAAAGUAUCCAACUCCUUACGGUGGGCGGCUAGUGUGGACGCUACCCGGCAAAACGAAGAUGAUUGCACAUCUGAAGGAUAAGGACCGCAUACGACACCGUAAGCGUUGGUCACAGGUGAUGUACAUGUACUAUCUGCUCGGUCACCGGCUGAUGGAGUUGCCCAUUUCCGUCGAUCGGAAGGAGGUGAUGGCAGAAAACACCUACCUGCUCACGCUGGACGGUGAUAUCGAUUUUAACCCGAGCGCCGUUACGCUGUUGAUCGAUUUGAUGAAGAAGAAUAAAAACCUGGGCGCAGCAUGCGGCCGUAUUCAUCCGAUCGGGUCCGGACCGAUGGUGUGGUACCAGAAGUUCGAGUACGCUAUCGGCCAUUGGCUGCAGAAGGCAACGGAGCACAUGAUUGGUUGUGUACUUUGUAGUCCCGGUUGCUUUUCACUGUUUAGAGGAAAAGGUCUUAUGGACGACAAUGUGAUGCGGAAGUACACGACGCGAUCGGAUGAGGCCCGCCACUACGUGCAGUACGAUCAGGGCGAGGAUCGUUGGUUGUGUACGCUGCUGCUACAGCGCGGCUAUCGUGUCGAGUACUCGGCUGCUUCGGACGCGUACACCCAUUGCCCGGAAGGUUUCAACGAGUUCUACAACCAGCGUCGUCGUUGGGUACCGUCCACCAUCGCCAACAUUAUGGACCUGCUGAUGGACUACAAGCGUACGAUCAAGAUCAACGACAACAUUUCGCUGCUGUACAUCUUCUACCAGAUGAUGUUGAUGGGUGGUACGAUUUUGGGCCCGGGAACCAUUUUCCUUAUGUUGGUGGGUGCGUUUGUGGCCGCCUUCAAGAUUGAUAACUGGACCUCGUUCUACUAUAACAUCAUACCGAUACUGCUGUUCAUGUUGGUGUGUUUCACAUGCAAGUCCAACAUACAGCUGCUAGUGGCACAGAUACUUUCCACCGUGUACGCGUUAAUCAUGAUGGCAGUAAUCGUUGGUACCGCGUUGCAGCUGGGCGAGGACGGCAUCGGUUCACCAUCGGCCAUUUUCUUGAUAGCAAUGACGGGGUCGUUCUUUAUAGCAGCCUGCCUGCAUCCGCAGGAGUUCUGGUGUAUCGCUUCUGGCAUCAUCUAUCUGCUAUCCAUUCCAUCGAUGUACCUGCUGCUGAUUCUGUACUCCAUCAUCAAUCUGAACGUGGUAUCUUGGGGCACCCGUGAGGUGGUCGCCAAAAAAACGAAAAAGGAGUUAGAGCAAGAAAAGAAGGACGCCGAGGAGGCGGCAAAACGCGUGAAACAGAAGUCGCUCCUCGGUUUCCUGCAGGGUGGUGUUGGGAACGGUUCGGACGAGGAGGGUUCGAUCGACAUAUCGAUUGCGGGUCUGUUCCGAUGUUUGCUCUGUACCCAUGGCAAAACAACUGACGAGAAGGCUCAGCUCAUUCACAUUGCUGAUGCGCUGGAUGCAAUUACGAAGAAGAUUGAAAAUCUUGAAAAGCACGUGGACCCCCACGGACACCAUACGCGCAAGCGUACUGCUUCGGCUGGCUCGAAGGAUCACCAUCUGGGAUCGGUUGCGGAGGACACAGAGGACGACGACGAGGACGAGGAGUCCGAGACGUCUACGAUGCAGCGUGACGAACGAGAUUUCCUGACGAACCCGUACUGGAUUGAGGAUCCGGAUUUAAAGAAGGGCGAGGUAGACUUUAUUUCCAGCACCGAGAUCCAGUUCUGGAAGGAUCUCAUCGAUAAGUACCUUUAUCCGAUCGAUCAGAACAAAGAAGAACAGGCACGUAUUGCGCACGAUCUCAAGGAGUUGCGGGACUCCGCCGUGUUCGGUUUCAUCAUGAUCAAUGCACUGUUUGUGCUGAUCGUUUUCUUGCUACAGCUCAACAAGGACAACAUCCACGUCAAGUGGCCGUUGGGUGUUAAAACUAACAUUACCUAUGAUGAAGCCACGCAAGAGGUUCACAUCUCGAAGGAGUAUCUCCAGCUGGAACCGAUCGGUUUAGUGUUUGUGUUCUUCUUCGCGUUGAUUCUGAUCAUUCAGUUUGUGGCAAUGAUGUUCCAUCGCUUCGGUACGUUGUCGCACAUUUUGGCCUCGACGGAGCUCAACUGGGCCUGCAACAAGAAACCGGAGGAGCUUUCGCAGGAUGCUCUCAUAGACAAGCACGCUGUUGAGAUAGUCAAAAAUUUGCAACGCUUGCAAGGAAUCGAUGGAGAUUACGACAACGACUCCGGCAGUGGUCCAGACCGUAUUGCGAGACGUCGAACCAUCCAGAAUCUGGAAAAAGCGCGUCAACCGCGGCGCCAGAUAGGAACGCUCGAUGUGGCAUUCAAGAAACGCUUCCUAAAGCUGACGGCUGAUGAAAACAACACGGCCACACCGAUUCUUACACGUCGGAUGACGAUGCGCCGGGAAACGAUACGUGCGCUGGAGGUAAGAAAGAACUCUGUAAUGGCUGAACGACGCAAAUCCCAGAUGCAAACGCUCGGUGCAAACAACGAGUACGGUAUUACCGGCGUGCCCAAUGGAAAUAAUAACGCUCCGGCCAGACCGACGCGCACAUCGAACGCCGGUGUUAGUGUGAAGGACAUCUUCAAUGUAAAUGGUGGUCCUGGAGGGGAAAUCUACGGAGUCACUGGACAAGUAAACCAAGCAUACGAACCGGUCAUCGAAGAUGACGAUCGCAACUCACUACGCAUGCAGCCACGGAAUCAGGUCACCUGGGGUAAUAAUGGUAACGCACGGUUGUGA